AUGAUUGGAACACUACUCCCACAAGUUUUUACAGUCACAGUGUCCACAGUUGCCGAAAAUCUUGCACAACUUAUGUACAGUAUCAUGAUGACUGGAUAUAUGUUUCAAAAUGCACAGUACAGGUUGGAACUGCAGCAAAGUUUAGAGCCAGUUGCUCUUCCCCAAGGGCAAGAGAAAAAGGAUGCACCAGAGUAUGCACCUGGUACACAGAAGUCGAAUGUGUCAGGGGAAGUUAUUAGGUGGAAUAAUGUUUCUGGCCCUGAGAAAAUAGAUGCUAAGAAGUACAUAGAGUUACUUGAAGCAGAGAUUGAGGAAUUGAAUAAUGAAGUUGGUAGGAAAUCUGCAAAUGGACAAAAUGAAUUGUUGGAGUAUCUCAAGUCUCUCGAGCCCCAAAAUUUAAAGGAGUUGACUAGUACUGCUGGAGAUGAUGUUGUGGUUGCAAUGGAUACAUUCAUCAAGCGGCUUUUGGCUGUUUCAGAUCCUAGCCAAAUGAAGGCUAGUGUAACAUCAACAACUGCAGCAGAACUUGCAAAGCUGCUUUAUUGGCUAAUGGUAGUCGGAUAUAGUCUUCGCAACAUUGAAGUUCGUUUUGAUAUGGAACGAGUACUUGGGAAUCCUCCAAAGCUCGCAGAAUUGCCUCCAGGUGAAAAUGUUUAAGUGCUGUGU